AAUGACAACCGAAAACAAGUUUUCUGUUGUUGUUAUAUUUUAUCAAAUAGCAUUGCGGCUAUCAAAAACCAAAAUAAUUUUUAUUUGUUCGAUGACACACAGAAAGUGGACAACUCAUAAAAUUGAAUUUCUCAACAUCAUUUUAAUGGUCUUAUUUUUUUAUUGACACAAUAAUUGGCUUAUGUCCAAAAAUAAGUGAGAAACUUUGCAGGCCUCUUAUAGAAAUAUUAUUUUUGUUGUUAGUUCGUCGAACCGUUCUCUAUAUAAUGGGUUUGACCAGCAAACCAUUGUCCAGUAGUGUGCCAACCAUUCGAACGUGAAGAAAACACACGGCAAACAGUGCAAAAUUGAUGAAACAAAUGGUGUAUGUAUAAGACAUAAAUUCGAAAGUAUUUUAGAACGUGUUUUUGCGGAAUUUUCGUUUUUUAUCUCGUGUUACAGAUAACGGCGAAAUGAACGGUUCAUAUCUAGUGGUGGUUAUCGCUAUUUUGGCUGUACUUGGCUGUACUUUUGGAGCCAGUACACAUUGGAGUUACGAAUGCCGAAAAAAUCGAUGUGAACGCAUCGAAUUGCUUAAUGAAAAGACGGCCAUAAGUUUGCCAGUAUGUCGAAUAUUUUGCGGAGAACAUCCAGGAACGCUAUGGCCACGAGUGAAUGGCAAAGUAAAGGUGGAAGGCAAAAUGGCUCGACUCAUCCCAACUGAGGUGCAAUUCAAUUUGAUCAAUCAAACGAAACGAAAUGAUUUAUUCUGGCGAACGAAUGAGCAACGUUUACGCGAACAAAUCUUAGCCAAAGUGCCAAAUUAUGUGAAACUUAAGAACGAUGACAGUGGUGCCCAUUUGAUGAUAAUGCUUGAUGUUAAAAACGAAGAUGCAAAAUUGGGCCUAGACACCGAUGAAGGAUAUCACAUGCAUGGUUAUGAAAAUACAGGCGUUGUCAUUAUAAAAGUUAAAGCCGAAACAAUUUUCGGUGCACGGCAUGCAAUUGAAACAAUUUCACAAUUGAUUGUCUUUGAUGAUAUUCGACGUGAAUUGCAAGUGGUCGGCGAAUUUGAAAUCGAAGAUAAACCGGUAUUUCCACAUCGUGGUUUCUUAUUGGAUACAUCACGUAAUUAUUUUACGGUGGACUCAAUUAAACGAACAAUUGAUGCCAUGGCAAUGGUGAAAUUGAAUGUAUUCCAUUGGCACAUGACUGACUCGCAAAGUUUCCCACUUGUGUUAAAAUCACAUCCAGAUCUAUCGGAAAUUGGCGCUUAUGCGCCCGAUAAGGUCUACACCAUUAAUGACAUCAUCAAAAUUUAUGAAUAUGCGUAUGUUCGUGGUGUGUUGCUGUUACCAGAAUUUGAUGCGCCGGCUCAUGUUGGCGAAGGGUGGCAACAAAAGAAUGUGACCGCAUGUUUCAAUGCACAACCAUGGGCCAAAUACUGUGUUGAACCACCAUGCGGUCAAUUGGAUCCAACCAAAGACAAUUUAUAUGAUAUACUCGAAGACAUUUAUCGUGAAAUGUACGAUGCAUUCCGUAAACCAGAUAUUUUUCAUAUGGGCGGCGAUGAGGUGUCACAUUCAUGCUGGAAUUCAAGCAAAGAAAUUCAAGAUUGGAUGCUACAAAAAGGUUGGGGUCUCAAAGAAUCCGAUUUUAUGAAACUUUGGGGCCAUUUUCAAGAUAAUGCAUUAGAACGUUUGGAUAAAGUGAUUGGCAAAAAAGUGCCAAUUAUCAUGUGGACAAGUCACUUGACCGACGUUCCAUAUGUCGAACAGUAUCUCGACAAACAACGAUACAUUAUUCAAAUUUGGACAACGGGAGCCGAUCCAAAAGUAACCGAUUUACUAAAGAAAGGUUAUAAAUUGAUUUUAUCAAAUUAUGAUGGACUUUAUUUGGAUUGUGGAUUUGGUGCAUGGGUGACCGAAGGAAAUAAUUGGUGUUCACCAUACAUUGGCUGGGAAAAGGUCUACAAAAAUAAUUUCACCCACUUUGGUUCAAAGUAUAAAUCACAAUUUUAUGGAGCCGAAGCUGCUCUUUGGUCAGAACAAACCGAUCAUCAUACAUUAGAUGGUCGAAUUUGGCCAAGACUUAGCGCAUUAGCUGAACGAUUAUGGUCCGAUCCAUCGGACCAUUGGCGUUCAGCCGAACCUCGAAUGCUUAUCCAUCGUGAACGAUUAGUUGAUAAUGGUAUUGCAGCUGAAAGUUUGCAACCACAAUGGUGCCUUCAACACGAAGGCGAAUGUCCGAUUAAUUGAAAAUUCGAAUUUUUGAAAAUUACGUCAAACGAUAAAUCAAAUUUAAUAAAAAAAAAAAAUAAAUGAGCUGUUACUAUAUGGUGCGAGAUAAAUAUUGUUUUUAAUUAUUUUACCAUUAGGAUAGUCAUGAAAAAAAAAACGAAAAUUUCUUUAUAAAUAAUAAAAUAUACGUCUUUUUAUAUUGAAGGUACUUCGAUGUUUUUACUAAUAAAACUGAACAAUUAAAAUAAAAA